CGCCGGUGCGUUUUUCGUGUGUUAUCGUCUACUUUGUUGAAUAAAAAAGCUUAAAUUUUGUCAGUCCUGUACAUCAGAGCAGUGUUCUUUUAGCCAAACAGCGUUUAGACUAGAUCAGGAUUUUUCAAUCCACCUGUUAGCUAGAAGCAAAGUCACCAUUUUGCCCUUUGAGUACAGACGGCCACCCUCUGACCAGAAGGGGCGUGAGAGACCUGGCCCAGUCAGAGGGAAGAAGGCCAAAGACAGUAGGCCAUCAGAGGCCGACCAAGAGAACGGGCCAGUGAAGGCCACAGGGGCCAGCCGGCCAGAAAAGGGAGGGUCCAAUAAGAGCUUUCUCCGCAAGGUGAAAAGGGCAGUCUGCCUUUGUGAGCCGGAUGUCAUCGAGUCCGAGACAAACCUUGUUGGUGAGGUCGAGGGUCACCCCACUUCUCCCAAGACCCAGACCGCCAACCCUGAUGACAAACUCCAGCCGCAAGCCACCAAGGACCCUUCACAGCUCCGUGAGGAGGUAGAGAAGAUCACCCAGACCUUCAACCCCACCCUUGCCAAGAAAAUGCGGGAAGUGGACAAGAAGCUGGCCAAGAGAGCAGCCAAGAGAGCAGCCCGAGCCGAGGCCGCGCGGAAGGAAAAAGAACGACUGGAAAACAUCCGAUGUGAGAAGGAACGAAAGGAGAGACUGAAGGAGGCGAGGAAGCAGAGGAAGGAAGCCGCAAAGCUGGAGAAAUUGGAAAAGAAGAAGCAACGCAAGGCCAAGAAGAUAGCUAAAGAGGCUCGGCGUGCUGAAGAAAACCUUGAUCCCAUCGCAAGCAAUGGCAAGGGUGAUUCCAUCUCCAAGAGAGAGAAAGAGAAGAUUUCACUGUAUAAGAGUUUUGGCUGUCAGGAGAAGGUAGCAGACACCUCCCCCGUGUCUGCCCCAUCUAAGACAUCCAUCCACCCCUAUCCGUCAGCCAAACAUCGCAGCCAGAGUCCCCCCUCUGGUUCCCCCAAGAUCCCCCCUGGAAGCCCCCACUUCCAAGCAGCCUUGAUUCAGACUGUCCCGGAUGACGGUGAGGCAGUUAUCCACGAUGCAAUCCCUAGCGUGGAGACACCCCUGAGCACCGGGGACGAUGUAGCCGGAAUGUCGUAUCGCGCUCCCGCCCAGCGCCACUCCCCCGUCACGGUACAACGUCGGUCUUCCUCCAGACCCUCCUCUCCAGCUAGACUGGUUACCCCAUCUUCAGUUACCAGACUGUCGCCGCCGGCUGUUUCUAGAACCCCCCAUCCGCCAGGUGGCUACUCUCGCACUGAUUACGUUCCAUCUGUCAGUCGUACAUGUACUUCAUCUCGACGAUCUGGAAUCUUGGAUGAUAGCCCAGCUGAGAAGUCUCGCUUCUCUCGCUAUGGAGGCACGGACAUCAAUGCCAAUUCUCGCAUCGACCCUUUGUCCAAGUUGUAUGGCAGUCGGCAGGCCUCGCCAGCAAAGAUUCCACAGCAGACACGCCAACAACCAGUGCGGGCUGUCCAUCCAUCAACAGAGACGGUUAGUAAAAGCUCCAAACUGUCUCAUCGCUAUAGCAACCAUCGUAACUAUAGCACAGAGGAUGACCUCAAUGAUGACGUCAUCAAUCUCCAUAUUAAUGACACGUCUGGAUCCCUGUCACCAGCCUCCACAACAUCCAGCAGGCGGUCCAGUUUCACCAUGGGUCAAAGGUCAAGGGGCAGUUCAUCCGACCUUCGAUGCCCACCUAUUCCUGGUGCCUCACCUCCAACGAGUGCAACCACACCCAAGGUGACAAGGCGUGUCUCUGGAUCUUAUAACACUGAAUACAAGCCCACCUUUGUCAGUAAUGCGUCUCGUCCGCCCCCUACCACCAAUGGCCCUAAGGUCCCAUCUGUCUCACGUACCAAGGCCAGUUCCAUCCUGGAGGAAUCCAACAGUGAGAAGGUGAAGGAAGAGGAGCCACUCCAGUCUGCCUUCAGCUCAGCCGAACACUCUGUUCUUGGCACCGGAAGAACAGGAAACACCUACAAUGGAAAGUCUGUCAAUGGAGGAAUGAUUGGACUAGCCAACCUGGGCAACACGUGCUACAUGAAUUCCAUCCUGCAGUGUCUAGCCCAGAACAAGGACUUGAGAGAAUACUUCUUGACAAAUACCUACCUUGACGACAUCAACCGUAGAUCACCUAGACAGGGUACCCUUGUCAAAAGUUUUGCCGAAGUAAUGAAGGAAAUCUGGAAUCCCAAAUAUAAGAGCGUGGUGACUCCUAACAGCCUGCAGUUAGCAUUCCAGCGGAUCGCAAAACACUUUGGUCCUGGAAAGCAGCAGGAUGCUCAGGAAUUCCUCUGCUACUUCCUGUGUGAGCUUCAUGACGAGACAAACACCGCUCCAAGGAAGAGGGGCAGUGAGCCAGACAUCCCAGAUGAUAUCUCUGAGGAUGCAAAGGCCAAGUUGGCUUGGGGACGUUACUGCGCUCACAACAACUCCAUCUUCUCCCGCCUCUUUGUUGGACAACUCAAGAGCACCUUGGAAUGCCAGACUUGCAGGAACCGCUCUGUGACCUUUGACAUCUUCUGGGACAUCUCUCUGCCAGUUCCCGAGCAGGUAAAAUCCUACCAACGUCGUGCCAGCUGGGAACGUGACAACCAGUCAGUCAAGCAUUCCUUUGACAUCAAGGACUGUCUCAACAAGUUCACAGAGGCUGAGGUACUAGACGGGGACAACAUGGUGACCUGUGAGAAAUGUAAGAAGAAGCGCGUCUUCACCAAGACCUUCUCCAUCCAGCGCUUCCCCAAACAUCUUGUCCUCCAUCUGAAGCGUUUCAGUGGUCUCCGUGCCAAGCUGACAACUUUUGUGGACUUCCCGUUGACUGGCUUGGACAUGUCUCGUUAUCUGGCAGACAGCGCAGCUGACACCGGCCUGCUCAAUCUGACCACUGCUAUCAACCACAUCGAACCACUUAGUCACGAUCUGUUCUAUUUAGUCUGGAAGAUGUGUGGUACGCCACCGGUCGUAAGCAUGGACGAGAUGCUGUCCCUUCAGGAUCAAAAGAACAAUCCUUCCCUGGAUCAACUCAGCAGUCAGUACAACCUGGGUGGAGUCUCACAACACUCUGGCUCUAUGCUAGGGGGACAUUACAUCGCUUAUGCCAAACACCUGCAGAACAAAAAGUGGCACUGCUAUGAUGAUACCAGAGUGGAUUCCAUCAAUGAGAAGUCAGUGCCAAGCUCCUAUGCAUAUGUCCUCUUCUAUGAGCAGGCCAACCAGCCGUAAGCCAAUGAACAAAAGGCCAAUCUUGCCAUGAGGGAGGGAGGGGUAGAGAAAGAGACACAUAUAACAUGUAGUACACCUGUGUAGCAAAGGCAAUCAAUUAUGCAAAUGAACCUGUUUCAAUUGUAAAUUUUGGAUUACAGGAGGGUUGGGAUUAUCAAAUCACACUAAUUACAGUUUUCAUCAUACCUCUUCUGGAAAUGUUAAAAAUCAUAGCUACAGGAUCAUUUUAUUCAACAAACAAGUCAACCUGUCAAUAGAUCAAUUUAGGAAUCAACUUCAAAAUUGCAAAGAAAUAAAUCAGCCAUUCGUACAAUUUACAUGUACAAAGGAUUGAACAUUGCAUUCACAAGUAUAGUUCACUCAUUCAAAUCAUAACUUCUAAUACAAAAGCCAUCAGGUUAUCUUUAAAAUCACAGUCGUUGCAGUCAAACAAUAGGAAUCAAAAUUAUAUUUAGGAAACUUGAUUCAUUAUUCGUGAUUAGUCUCCGCUCACCAAAAUCAAACCUGAAAGAAUUAUGCAAAGUCAAAUUAGUUUUUCUACAGUUCUGUGUCAUCUGUCUACCCCUCCCUCCAUUUGUACCUUCCUCCCCUCUUCCACCAAGUGGAACAAGCCAGAACAAAUCAUCUUGGGUGAGCAAACACAUCUGAGGGGAGGUGUACAACCUUUUUUUUUUUAUUUAAAAUACUUUUAUAUAAAGAUAUUUAUAUAUUAUAACCCCUUGAGUAUGAUGGUGCAUUGUUACUUUGGGGGAGGUACCAUUGCACUACCGUGGGGGGAUACUUGAGGGGUAUAGUUUUAGUAUUUUGUAUCAAAGUAUUUUAUAUUUAUGAAUGGUAUUCAAUUGUGUCAUGUGACCCAUAACCAGAUAUCAUAUGUGUGUGACCAAUCAAAACAAAAAAAUUUUAAAAAAAUUCCUGCAGUGGAAAUUGAUGGGGAUAAGACCUUGGAGUGGUUUUCUUAACAUAAGGAUUUGCUCAAAACACAACAAAUCCUCUGCAGUAAGCCGUAGGGUUUCUGUUGGAGGUGGGAUUUAGUUGUGCUUUUGCCUUUUAAAACAAGUCCAGAAAGUCUUAUGUUGGAAUUAGCUAGCAAUAGUCCAUCUUGGCAAGUUGAAAGUUCAGAGGUCAAAUAGUUUUUAAUUUUCAUUGCCAUGUGAAUCUGUUUUUCUCAGGUUUACUUUUAGAUUUGCUUCCUGCAUAUUUUUAUUCUUUCAAGUAUAAAAUUAUUGGUACUAUAUUAUUUUAAUUUCCUUUUCUUUUUUUUAAAGUUCUGUUGGACCAUAUAGUAAUACCUCUGAAAACAGAUCAAAUUUUGGAUUUUAAAAAACCGUAACUGUCAUUUUUAA